CAGCUCCAGGGGUGGGCGGACUAGAGCAUUCAAGCAAGAGCAAGAUGGCAACGAAGCGCUACAAGGUGGUCCUGCUCGGCGAAGGCCGCGUGGGCAAGACCUCGAUCCUCCUGCGCUACAUCCGCAACGAGUACGACGACCGCCAAGUGUCGACGCUCCAGGCGUCGUACCUGGACAAGAAGCUCUCGGUCGAGAACCAGAACGUCCAGCUGUCGCUCUGGGACACGGCGGGCCAAGAGCGCUUCCACGCCCUCGGGCCCAUCUACUACCGCGACGCUGAUGGCGCGCUCCUGGUCUAUGACAUUACCGACGACGAGUCGUUCAAGAAGGUCAAGACGUGGGUCAAGGAACUGCGCCGCAUCGUUGGCGAUGAAAUUGACAUUGCGAUUGCCGGCAACAAGAUCGACCUCAAGCGCAACAUCAAGGUGACCGAGGCCGACGCGGUCGCGUACGCCAAGUCGGUCGGCGCGUCGCACUUCUACACGUCGGCCAAGCUCAACCGCGGCCUCGACGACGUCUUUGUCGACCUCGCCAAGCGCAUGCUCGGCCGCGGCGGCGCGUCGCGCUCCAAGAAGAACAAGGCCAGUGCGUUUGUCGCCGACGACGACGCGCCGAUGCCGAUGCCACCGUCGUCGGCGGCGGCGGCGAUGGACACGACUGGCCGCAGCCGCGACGGUGCGCGCGGCAACACGAUCCAGAUCGUCGACGACCACCGACCGACGCGUGGCUCGCCGCACCACGGCAGCGCCAAGAAGAGUGGCUGCUGCUAAGUCCGUAUUUACACAUACGAAUAAUCCACGUAUGACGAUGAUGUUU